GUCCGAAGGGAGAGAACUCUGAUCAAACUUGCAUAAUUUAAUGUUUUCUAUUCGGUCAAAGUAAACACUUGAACUCAUUCACUUAUUUUGAUAAUCUAUUUAUAAAUGUCUGAAUAAUCACUUUAAUUUCACCAUGUUACUUUAGCUACGUUUUUGUGGAAUGAAUGUAGUGAUAGUUUACCCUGAGAAGUGAAUGAUGGUUAUCAGACGGAGUCGAACGAGACGGUCGGCUUGUGCCGUCUCGGUCUCUGUAGUCCAGUCCUUUGAUUGAAAUUGCUUCUUUUUGACAAUGAAGGCUAGCACUAGGCUAGAUGAAAGAUCUAGCCGUGACUAGCAGUAAUGACAAGUGCAACUAUAUCUAGAUCUACAGUUGAGGAAGAAACUCUUUGGGAUUGAGGCAACCGCUUGUGUCACGGAGGCAAGAUGUUUCAUUCCUCCCACAUCCACAUGCCCAGCCGCUACCGGCAGCGGUCAGCUUUACGGACCUUCUUUCCUUCGUCAUCGUUCAGUCCACCAGACUCGAGGGAGCCACUGCGACGUGGCAUUCUCUUCUGCAGUGUGGCCAGCAUUUUGCUGCUUGUUGGGGCAAUACUCACUUGGCUGGGUUUUAAUGAUGUGUUUGGUGGGAAGAUUUCAAUGACCGGCCCACUCCUUAUCGCCUUAGCCUUGUUGAUGCUGCUGCUGUCAUGUAAGCAGUUCAUGUUGGCUCGGAAACGGAACAGGAGAACGGGAAAUACAGCUCAGUCUGAGGUGGCAAAUGGAGGCGUCACUGCUGUUGUUGUCGACCAUGAUGACGGCAAUGGUGCAGCGACCAUCGUCAUGGAAACAUGGGAUAGUGUCGGAGCCAACAAUGAAAUUCUCAGAAACACAGAUGAUCUGGCCCCUCCGUCGUACACAGAUGUUGCUCAGAUGAGCUGCAGCAGCAACUGCCCCAGCUUCAUCAGCCACGACGACAGGAACGAAGCGCCACCUAGCUACGAAGAAACGUGUGGCGGAGUUGUUUCCUUCGGUAGCGAGACCAGCUUAGCCAACACCAUCUCCCGGCGGUGUUCUUCUCAGAUGGACACGUCCCCAAUACCACGCCGGCCUGGACAUCCGGCCAAAGGUUUUUUCCAGAAUGACCACAAUUUUGUACAAAACGCUCAGCAAUCGUCUGAUGGACGAGUGGCCCCCCGUAGGUCGUCCAACACGCUGUGUCCUAGCAGCGCCCUCACCGCCUGUCACCAUGACAGAAACCCACCAUUGACGUUGAUUGAAAUCAAAGACAAAGCUCCGCCAUUGCAUCCUCCACCUUCAUCAUCUCUGUCACAAGUGUUGCCGUCUACUUCCGAGUCUCUAAACCCCGAGACUGGACUGCAGAGUAAUGGAGUUGGUAGCAAAGGGGGCGCACCGGCCAGCGUGGGCAGCCACACGGAGGUUGUGGACGGCUCUGUGACGAGCCCUGAAACAAACGCAGGGAUGACGACCAUGACCGCUCAAACUUCAUCCACUCCGUGGUCGAGGAGGUCGUUCUCGUCCAUCCCGUCAUACACCUGCCUGCUGAGUGAGUCGGGAGAAGUGUGCGCUCAGGUAUACAACACCUCCUCCAUCAUCGAGGAAAUGAUGCCCACCCUCACCAAUACGGCAAACGGCAGUGCUAGCUCUGAACAGUCGUGCGGCCUCCUCAACGGGACCAGCCUGGUGCCCACACGAUCGCACUCCAUGUCCUCGGUCAGCAUGCUGCGCCAAGGCGUCCCCUAUAACUUCUCUCCUCAGCACACUCAAGGCACUCCUGUCGCUUCUUUCAACACACCUUCCAGCAGCGGUGGCUUGAGUCAGACCCACCAGGGGGCCCAAGUGCGGUCCAACAACAGUUUGGUGGUGCAGACUUGUGAUAACAGUAGCGCCCCGUCCCGGCAAGGCUCUUCUCCGUCGCUCCAACCUUGCUCUAGACCUGGACAAGGAGGGAGUGAGACGAGUGUUAUAAGCACAGCGCGGUUAACUCCACCAGGCCUGAGAACACCGGAUGGUUCCGGCUCGGCUCAACAGAUUCUAUGCUCCCAUUCUGCAGACCCGAUCCCAGGUCUGUUCGCGAGCGGCCUCUCACCUGAUCCCAGUGUCGCUCAGCUCGUCAGUAGAUCGCCAGAAGCGGAAGUGAAACCAGCGGAGCGGAAAGUGUCUCAGGAGAGCACUGCCAGUGGUAGGUUACCAGUGAACACUUUAGAUAUACAGGAAACUAUAUAAUGUAGUUUCGACUUCACCAUUGUAUCUUUUAUUUCCCUCCAUGAGCAUCAAUGAUGUUUUAUAUGUAAUGUAUGAAUGUAUGUAUGGAUGUCCAAAGGCUUUGGUGUGCAAAGAAAUGAAGUACACUUGAAAAUGUCCACGAUGGUCACCCAUUGUCGAGGAAAAAAGCGGUUGUCUUAGACUGGACGAAAUCAUGGACAGUGUCAUUACAAUACGUUAAAUGUUAAAUUUUUGUUUGUCUACUUUAUGGAAUAAAAAAAAAAAAAUUGGGGCAACAGCAGGUACAAUGAAUAUCUUUUUACAGUGGGUGGACUUUUCGAAUCUGCAGUACAAAGGAAAAAAAUGUACGGGUGUGGAGAUGUCAUUUGUAUGUACAUGUAUUUACAGUGGUAUUCUAAAAUGCUCAUGGUUUGGUCAAUUCUUCUGGCUUCAUAAUGGAACAAAAACUGAGAUGACAAAGAAUGUGAGAUUCUGCUUUGUUCUUGUGCAAAAACUUUCAAAGCCUGAUCUGAGAAUGAAUGAAGGCAAUGGUAGUCUGAACUGAAGAAAAAUGAUGUGCUGUUUUGUAAUCUGAAGUUCCUCAAAACUGAUUUAUUGUUUUGUCGUAUUGCAUUUGGACGUGCCCUGUUUCACUGUGCUCUAAAGAAGUAUGAUAUUCUUUUGGGAAAAUGUCACAGGGUAAAGAGAUAAAUUGCCUCUGUUGGAGAGAGUUUUUUAAAAUAAUUUUUUUUUUUAACAGAAUUCCUUGCAUUUUGUGGUGAUAUUUUUUACAGUUGAAAGAAAAGAA